CCUCUAAUUUCUAUAUGCCUGCAUGUCAAUUUAAGACUCAGAUUGCGUUCUCGUGCGUCGCUGUCAGCAGCAGCAGUAAAACCUCUCUGGACUUCUACAGACUCUCUCCUGGAUUUCUACGUAAAUCAGCUGAGACGCUCGAGACGUGCGUGUCUACCUGCUCACACUGAACCUUUGGAUAUUGCUGCCCCUUCUAAACGCAUCCGCACACUUCAGUCUCGUGGUGUUUUUUUGCUUUUGAAGUGUGUGCUCGAGACAUCACAACACUUUAAAGGAAGACUUUUUCAACUUUGGAGUUACAUGUAGCAGUGUAGUGUACAUCGCAUGUGGUUUUAUCACCAGACCAGAAGCGGACUAUUUCUCUGGGAAAUUUAGGCGCUCUUUUUUGGGAAACAUGUUCAGCAAGUACUCCAUUGUGUUAUUAAACGUCCUUUUUCUGGUGCGGGCGCUCUCGGCUCAUGAGUGCACACCGUGUGAACUCCGGACAUGUCCCGUCAAAGCCCCGCGCGGCUGUGACGGGGGCCGGACCUUGGCUCGGGAUCCGUGCGGAUGCUGUGACCGGUGUGCCCAGCUGGAGUGGGAGCCCUGCGGCGGACAGGACUGGGUGCACGGCUACUGCGCCCUGGGACUGACCUGCGCCUCUUUUAACCAAACCGAAGCAGCCACUAUCCCUGAAACUGGAGUAUGUAAAGAGCUUCCUGAUCACCCAGAGGCCGGCCUGGAGGACGAGCGCUGUCCUCUGAUGACGGGCUGCGACAAAGCUGGAGGUCAGUGUGUGUGUGAUGCCAGACACUCCUGCUUGGGCUCGUUCACAUACCCAGAUCAAGAAUCCUGCAUGAAGGCCAGUAAGUCAGAGGGUCGAAGGCACGAGCACCGGGAAAGACACAGAGAGAAGUAUGUUGGACCCUCCAACCCGGCCUGCAUGUUCUCUGGGUGUAACCUGACCGCUGAGGGAUGUGUGUGCGAGUCUCAGAGCUGCCACCACCACUUUGCCUACAUCAACCGCAGCCAGUGCCAGGAAGCCGCAGAGGAGCUGAGGUGUGCUGGAGUGACGUGUCCUGAUCUGCAGGUGCCCUCCUGCCCUAAGGGUUCAGUUCUGACCAAGAGUUACACGCCCCCUUCUGGUUGCUGCCCCUCCGUACCGCCCACGUGCACCUGUGAUCUCCACGCCUGCCCCAAGCCCCAGUGCCCGAGCGGACAGCGCGCCGUGCCGCUCACCGAGGCCAGCGGCCGGCCGGGAGACUGCUGUGAUGUCUUUGAGUGCCAGAAAGUUUCCCCGAAGUGUGUCCACAACGGGAAGGAUUUCUCCGAGGGAGAGGUGUACCGCAUGGACCCCUGCUGGCUGUGUCAGUGCCGGGGAGGAAUCUCCUUCUGCUCCAAGGCAGAGUGCGCUGAGCUGGACUGUGAACACUUCUACAUUCCUGAGGGCGAGUGUUGCCCUGUCUGCAUAGAUGUGGAAUUAUUCCCGAUGGACAGCACUAAGGCCAGUUGCUGGGUGAAUAACAAGCUGCGGGCCCACGAGGAGCAGUGGAAGGAGGACGACUGCACCUUCUGCCAGUGUGUGGACGGAGAGCCGCACUGCACAGCCAUGGCCUGCAAGCAGAGCUGCCAGUAUCCGGUCAAGAUCCCUGGAGAGUGCUGUCCCUUCUGUGAAGAGCCUUCUUACGAAACAGUUAGCCCCUUGCUAUGCCCUCCCCUGGAAAACUGCUCCCUGUCAGUGAGCGACUGCCCCUACGGCUUCCAACAAGACACAAAUGGAUGUCUGCUCUGCCAGUGUCUCAACAAUGACUCCUGCCCUGACCUGGGAAAAUACUGUUCCCUGCAAUGCCCAAUGGGGUACAAGAGGGACGAUUUUGACUGUGAGGUGUGUGAGUGCUCCAUUCCCGUGCCCAAGUGCAGACCUUUGACCUGCACCAAGACCUGCCCCUAUGGAUAUGUGAGGAACAAGCAUGGUUGUGAGAUGUGUCGCUGUGUCAAGUGUCCCCCCUUCACCUGUGACAAGCACUGCAGUGAGGGAUAUCGCCAUAACAGGAAGGGCUGCUCCAUCUGCAUGUGUAAAGAAAGUGGCCACUUCCCAAGCACCACUGCCCUGGCCCCGAUGCCCAGUUAUUGCCUCACCUCCAAUGGGAACAGGUACGAGGAGGGGGACGGCUGGCACGACGGCUGUCGGGACUGCUACUGCCACUCAGGGAGGGAGAUGUGUGUGCUCAUAUCCUGCAGCGUGCCCAGCUGCUCUAGUCCCGUGGUGAGGCCGGACCAGUGCUGUCCUACAUGUGAAGAUGAGUCAGGCAGCGGUCAACCAGAAGGGAUGGACAUGGUGGUGUGCAGAGCACCUGGGGGGGAGUUUUAUGUGGAGGGGGAGACGUGGAACCUGGACGAGUGCACACGAUGCACCUGCAGGCAGGGACGUGUGCUGUGCGACACUGAAGUGUGUCCCCCGGCUCUCUGCCAGGCACCGGUCAGGAACAAGGACACCUGUUGCCACAUAUGCGAAGAGGAGACGCAGAGCCCCUUGCUGCCGGUGAACACCAACCAGCAGGAGUACUGUAUAACCAGCGAUGGAGACGUGCUGCUGGCCGGGGACUCCUGGAAGGCCAACGCCUGCACCAGCUGCACCUGCAACAACGGCACCAUUCAGUGUUUCUCUCAGCACUGUCCCGCUGCCAACUGCAGGGUGCCUGUGUUACGCAAGGGCCAGUGCUGCCCACACUGUCUCGAAGCUACAACGUCAGUUCCGGUGAUGUUGUCCACCAAUAGCCCGAAGACAACAACCCCUACUACAGUGGAGAGUAGAGUGUGGAUAACCACUGUCACUGUGCCACCCAUCAUUGCUUAUACAGAUGAGCCAGUUUUGGGCGAGAACUACCCCAGCCAAACAGAGAUGGCUGUCAUCUACCAAUCAGCAGCCUGGAUUCUUGCAGGUCUCCUCCUCGCCAUCAUCAUCUUCCUCGUGGUGGCGUUACUCAUCAACAAGAAAAAGAAGUGGGUGCAGAUGUCCUGCUACAGUGCACCAAAGAAGACGGUGAUCCUCAAGAAGCACGUCAACAAGAACUCAGUGGUCUACAUGGAGCCCUCCAAGGAGAACAAGUUUCAGAAUGUGAAGAACGACUGUGGCAUCAUCCACUUCUCUCCAGAAAUGAGCUCCACCUGUGGGGACAAGAUGACCAUCCCCAGGGCCAAGCUGAGCAACGACUGGCGCUAAAAGACAAAGAAACACCUCUGAAACUCUGCAGAUCAGAGCUGUCCGACACCUCCCACUCUCUCUUACUGCUGUUUCCAUGGUGAUGAGUGCAACAGUGCACACACACCUUGGGUGCCGCUGCCACCGCCUUGUCUUUCCACCCUUUUGUCUGUGAAACUGAGGACGCUCUACAAGACAAAGCAAGUGGCCUAUGCUUCUUUUCAAUUUGUGUCCAUAUUCUUCUGUGUUUGGAUCGUUGUGGUGGAGUGAGAUGCUGGGAGGUGGAUGGACAUAUGAUGGACAUAUGAUGGACAUAUAAAGGACACAGCCACUCCGGGCUUUAAAGCAGAGAGGGAGGCAGCCAGAGGCUCCUCCCUCACAAUCAGACUUUGACUGUGAACAUUGUAAUAUUAAUGCUUAUUAUUGCCUCCUUAGAAACUGAAACUCUGAGGCAAUAAGAGAAGCAUUAAAAAGCUUUAGGAGAGGGGCUUGGGCUGUAGUUAGAAGGAAGGUUUUCGAGAAUGAUGCCCCCCCCCAGCAGUGCUUCAUGGAUGUAAUAAUUUUCCUCAACAGGGAGGCCAAAGGAACUGAUAAUCCAGUUGGAUCAAAUUGGGUUCAGCAGCCAAAUCAUAAAGUCAACAGGCUUUAUAUAGACCCACAGAUCCAAACCCCCUGCUUUACAAUGUGUGGUUUCCAUCUUAGUUUUUGUAUAUUUCUACAGUAUUUGUACUAGUUUUAGUGUUGUUCUUGGCCACCUCUCGUUUUUAUUAUGGGUGUCUCGGCGGGGCCAGAUUGAAACCUUUCGAAGAUGCCAGUCUAAACAUUCCUGCGAUCAAUGUCAGGAAGGACACGCUUCCAAAAUAAUAGCCUUUGUUUCUACCUUCGUAUGACCCGAGUCAUUCCAUUCAUAAAACUACAAACCACAAAUCUCAGAAAGGGAAUUUGUGAACUCCUUCUGCAAAACGUGUCUGCAAUACGGUAGCAAGUCGCCUUCAUCUUUCCACUCUGUCUCAUCCAGAAGGACUCAGUCGUACUUCAUCAUUAUUAAAAUUGCAAAGUGUAAUGAUGUUCAUCCAGGAAGAAUGUCAUUUUAUUGAGUGAAUAGCGGUGCCAGACGCUUCAUCUGGACCUAUGAGGAAUGUCUUUGAUAUCAUGCCUCGCUUCACAGCUGUGUGGAGCUUCUGCUCACACCGAAUGUUAGUGAUGAUUCAUUUUAAAGCCUUAAUUCUAUAGCCUUAAUGCAUAUCAUUUCAUUUAAUGACUGUGUAAACCCAUAUCCAGGAACUUAAAAACGGUAAUAUAUUCACCCAUUAUUAAGAUGAGCAGAUAUUGUUGUACAGCGUCAGAUGAUUCCCAUCAUCUUCAAAUACAAGUGAAUGAUGUGAUGUGGAAGAGUGUAAGCGGAGCUCUCUAGUAACGCUACCCAAGGGUACACAUUACAGAGCGUGUUAAAGAGACGUAGCACUUUCUUUGGAGCCAGUGUUUCUUUUCUUUUUUUUUUUUAGAAAGCUCCCUGCAGGAUUCUUGUAGGGAUAACAUUCCUAAUCAGGGAUUUGAUAGGCAUAUUAAGCCCUCGGAGAUGUUAAACCACUCAAGUGAACACGCUGUUGCAGCUACAGGCUCUGUACCAAUGUGAUCAGAACGGGGAGAGGAUAGAAACUGAGAAGCAUUACGAAAACAAACCUUGGUUUCAUAGGAAAAGGUUUUGGAGUUCUCAAUCCUUUGCCAAUUUCUCAACACAAAGACCUUUCUGAUGCCAAAAUUGGUUGGAGACCAAUUUAUAUUGAAGUGUUUUAGUAACUCUGUAGAUUUGUGUCUGUUUGAAUCAUGACCAUGUGCUUUAAAAAGAAGAGGUGACUGUAAAAGCUUACGCAAUUCUUUGUUCUUCUAUGUGUAAAAAAAAAAGUAGUUUAAAUUAGUAGGACAGAAGAGUACCUUAUUUAUUUUUUCACAUAGCUUUAUUUAUUAAUACUAAACUAUAGUUUGAGAUUGUCUUUUUUUUGGAAAAUGAACUUUUGGUAGCCAAAGCUGCUGUACAUUGUAGACUAUUUACCAUUUCUAUCUGCUAUAUUCUAUACAACCUUAUUUAUUUCACUGUUGCAAAACCUGUAAAUGUUUCCUAGAUGAACUGUAACAUUUACACUUAUUUUGAAAAAUAAAAGUGUGAACCAAA